ACCACGGUCCCUAACUUCAGUAGGCCAUCUCUAUCUUUACUGUCAAUCGGAGCGCUGUUUCCACGCCGCUGCGGGCUGUAAGGAUGCGGGUUAACAACUUUUUGUGCACCACCAUGUGGGAUUUGCGGUCCUGACAGAUCGUGUUGCGGGUCAUCAGUGAGUUCGGAAGGGACGCAUCGAGCCGGGUCCACCUCCAGCAGCUGGUGCUACCACUCCGGCUGUGGCAAAGGGAGAGGACCCAGCCAUCUGUGGCGGAGAGGGGGUAUUCUGCUAAGCCGCUUAUGCAGCACCGCACUCGGGCCUUCUCAGAAGGGUUGCAACCAUGCAAAGACGACUUCAUGGGUUCAGAGAAGAAUGACAUGUGAAAUGGGGCGUUGUUCGAAACAACUGGAGUCCAAAUAACGGAAUCAGCCCCCCUGAAGGAAUGUUCACCCUUACAGAAGUAGCCUCUCUCAAUGAUAUCCAACCAACUUAUAGGAUUCUGAAACCAUGGUGGGAUGUUUUUAUGGAUUAUCUUGGUAUCGUCAUGCUGAUGUUGGCCAUAUUUUCUGGAACCAUGCAGCUGACAAAGGACCAGGUCGUUUGUCUUCCCAUCUUCGACCAAACGCAAGAUGGGUCAGGGGGCGUCUUGGAAACCCACUCACCAGAGCUAGGUGAUGCCUUCUGGAACAAGGAGAAUGCAAUUGGGGAGCAAGCUGCACCUCUAAUGUCAAAACAGCCUCCUAAAGGCAUUGUCCCCUCAAAUCCCUUUCCACAAUCACCUGCAUUCACACAGCCACAGCCUAAAGGUGUCAGAACCAAGCUGGACUUUCAGCAGUAUGUUUUUGUUAAUCAGAUGUGCUACCAUGUUGCCCUUCCCUGGUAUUCUAAAUAUUUUCCUUACCUUGCUUUAAUUCAUACUAUUGUAUUGAUGGUCAGCAGCAACUUCUGGUUCAAAUACCCAAAGACGAGUUCAAAAGUUGAACAUUUUGUUUCCAUACUUGGAAAAUGCUUCGAGUCACCUUGGACUACCAAAGCCCUGUCCGAGACUGCAUGCGAGGACUCAGAGGAGAAUAAGCAGAGGCUGGCUGGUGCCUCCACUCUCCUGAAACAUCUGUCCACAAGCAGUGAGGAGGGCAGUCCAAACCAGUCAGCCCCAGUGGGAAACAAAUCAGGAGUUGCUUUUUCUGCCGAAAGGCUUGUGAGUGAAGUUCCUUCCAUGACCAUACUGGACAAGAAAGAUGGUGAGCAGGCCAAAGCCCUGUUUGAGAAGGUCAGGAAAUUCCAUGCACAUGUAGAAGACAGUGAUUUGAUAUACAGACUCUAUGCCAUUCAGACAGUGAUCAAAACUGUAACAUUUAUUUUGAUCUUGUGCUACACAAUGACAUUUGUGACAUCUAUAGACUUUGACCAUGUUUGUGAACCAGAAAUAAAGCAUUUGACUGGAUAUUCCAAAUUUCACUGCACCCAUAACAUGGCUUUUAUGUUAAAGAAACUCCUUGUCUGUUAUAUUGCACUCAUAUGUGUUUAUGGCAUUAUCUGCAUUUACACAUUGUUCUGGCUUUUUCGUCGCCCACUGAAGGAGUAUUCCUUUGAAAAAGUCAGAGAAGAGAGCAGUUUCAGUGACAUACCUGAUGUUAAGAAUGACUUUGCGUUUCUGCUCCACAUGGUUGAUCAGUAUGACCUGUUGUAUUCAAAGCGUUUUGGGGUUUUUCUUUCUGAGGUGAGUGAGAACAAACUUCGUGAGAUCAGCCUUAACCAUGAGUGGACCUUUGAGAAGUUAAGGCAGCAUGUGACCCGCAAUCCUCAAGACAAAGUGGAGCUUCAUCUUUUCAUGCUUUCCGGUGUGCCAGAUGCCGUGUUUGAGCUUACAGACUUGGAAAUCCUGAAAUUAGAACUGAUCCCAGAGGCCAAGAUAACAGCUAAGAUCUCCCAGAUGGUCAGCCUGCAGGAGCUGCACUUAUACCACUGUCCCGCUAAAGUCGAGCAGACCGCUUUCAUUUUUCUCUGCGACCACCUUCGGUGCCUUCAUGUCAAAUUCACAGACGUCGCUGAGAUUCCCAGCUGGGUGUACUUGUUAAAGAAUUUACGGGAGCUGUAUUUGGUUGGUAACCUGAACUCCGAAAACAACAAACUGAUCGGACUCGAGUCUUUGCGAGAUCUUCGGCGACUGAAGAUUCUUCAUCUUAAAAGCAACCUGACAAAAAUCCCAACAAAUAUCACGGACCUCUCUCCACACCUGGUUAGAUUGGUUAUUCACAAUGAUGGCACUAAACUCUUAGUACUGAAUACUUUGAAGAAAAUUAUUAAUCUUGCAGAGCUGGAGUUACAUAACUGUGAGCUGGAGCGCAUACCCCAUGCCAUCUUCAGUCUGAACAACCUUCAGGAACUUGAUCUAAAAUCAAACAACAUCCGUACUAUUGAAGAGGUCAUCAGCUUCCAGCACCUCAAAAGACUAACUUGUCUCAAACUGUGGUACAACAAAAUCAUCAGUAUUCCACUGUCAAUCAGUCAUGUGAAAAACCUGGAAUCUCUCUAUCUUUCACACAACAAGCUAGAAUCUCUGCCCUCACCGUUAUUCACUCUCCUCAAGUUGAGGUACCUUGAUCUUAGUCUUAAUUCAGUAGCGGUAAUCCCACCGGAGGUGGGUUUCCUGCAAAACCUCCAAUAUUUUGCCAUUACAGGCAACAAAGUCGAAGUAGUCCCAAAGCAGCUGUUUAAAUGUGUCAAGCUAAGGACAUUAUGUCUUGGCCACAACUGCAUUACCUCCAUCCCAGAGAAAGUUGGCCACCUCUCGCAGCUCACACAUCUGGAAUUGAAGGGAAACUGUCUGGACCGUCUCCCGAUUCAGCUAGGUCACUGCAGCCUCCUUCGCAGGAGCUGUCUGGUUGUGGAGGACCAUCUCUUUGACUCCCUGCCUAUUGAAGUCAAAGAGAGCAUAAAUCAGGAAGCCAGUGUUUCCUUUGCAAGUGGCUGUAAAUGUUUAAUGGAAGGGCGGUAGUUCAGUAGCAUUAUAUACAGUUUUUAGUAGUUAUUGUUCCAGCACACAAAAUAAAUUGUAGUUUAACCUUGAGUGCACACUGCAAAUAGAGCAUGGCCCAAAGCCUAUAAGUGUGGUGUUAUGAAGAAAAUGUUGUGAAAGCCCUGACAGUAUUAUGGCCUGUCUCAUAUUUGGAUAUAAUUUUCGUUUAUUUUUGUGUUUGGAUCAUGUGAAAACAUAUAGGGAGUUGAAACACUUAUUUCCUAAUCUUUUGCAUGCCUAAAUAUAUUUAGUGAAUUUUAGGGAACCCUACACUCCUAAAACAACUCCCUUGAUAUCAUUUGGAUUUAAUUUGGAUUUUUGGUUGAUCACCUAGUUUCCUUAUGGCUUGACUUUUUUGGGCAAUUAAUGUCAAAAUCAAAAUUUCAGUGACUACCACAUGUUUUCUUUAGUAAAAGGAAUUUAUCUCAAGGUUUUCCUCUGCCCACAUGUUCCAGCUAAGCUUUUCUAAUUUGCUAGUGAUAGCUUUCAAGAUUCCAUACCUCAAUUUUCUGCUAUACAUCCCUACAUAAAUAUUAACGAUCUUUCUAACAUGCCAUAGUUAGUUUUAACUAAAGUAAUUCUUCUGGUUUCUUGAGAUCUCUUUAUCUCUCAAACAAUCUUUUUGAUUAUUUUUAAACAGACCUCUUCACUGUUCUUGUAUGUAAAGUGAAUGUAAGUGGUUACAUUCACUUUUAGACCUAUCUAGGUAAACAGGCAUCCAGAGACUGCUUUUGAGUUAAGGAAAUAAAGAAACAAAACUUUGUUUUGGUAAUGUUUGUGAGCAAGCUUUUUACAUUGCAUUACCAGUAACUGUUACAAAAGUAAUGUGAGAUAAAACUAAAACUCGAAGAGAACAGUAUUAGCCAAAUAUUACAAGCCUUUCUUUUCUGUCAGCGAAGUAUCUCUGAGCAGAUACGAGCAGCGCCUUGCAAAUGUAUCCAUACCCUUUAAGUUUGUUUAACGUUACAACCCCAAAUUUCAAUAUAUAUUUUGAAAUUCUUCUCCUAUUUUACUCCUAAACAAAAUCCAGGGCAACCAGUUGCCUCUAACAGAGUAAACAGGGUCCAACUGUGUAUAAUUUAAUCUCUUUAUGAGCUGUUCUGCCUCUGAGGGUUUUUAAAGAACAUUAGUAAAGAAACUGCAUGAUCAAGACUAAGGAACACAGAAGACUAACCAGUUUAAAGGAGAGUUGGAUCACAAAAAAAUAUUUCAUUCUUUGAACAUCUCAAGCACUGUUCAAUCUACCAUUAUUAUUUUUUUAACAAUCAGAUCAGCAGGCAUGAGGCCUUUAGUAACUCUGGGAGACCUGCAGAGAUCCUCAACUUAGGUGGGAGAAUCUGUUGACAGGACAGCUCUAAGGUGUGCACUUCGCAUAUGUGGCAUCUGAAAUGCAGAUUGUUAAAUUUAUAAAACAAAACUACAGGAAGUCCCCUUUUACAGUUUGCCACAAACACUGAAAAGUAAUAAGUUGUGUAUAAGUAAAAAACAAAGCUCAAGGGUAUGUAUACUUUUGCAGCGCAAUGUAACAAUAGUGAAAGUUCACUUCAGUAAAAAUACUCAUCCUCAAACUUGAUGGUGGUUUUCAAAAUGACAUCUGCAUGAACUAGGAUUUCUGACACAGGCUAUAACUUAGCAUCCAGCCACAGCAGUCUGAAAAUACUGUCCAGUGCAAGUAAGUUAAUAACUGCUCGUAACCCCACAACAGAACCCUAAUUCAACAAAUUGAACUCUCCUUUUGUUGACUGAGCUUUUACUCUAACCUUUAUGUACACAUGUUUUACUACAACACUAAGGAGCACAAGCAUAUCAUACUUUCAUAUUAAAUGUGCUUUCCAAUUUAUGUUUCAUAUUAUGUAGGAUUUGUCAUGAUAUUGGUUUUGAUUUGCUUCAUGUCUCCUGCGGCAAUGACAUGUUUUCUUUUUAAUUGUACUUUUGCUUUUUUGUGGAGUCAUUUUUAAUGUAAACAGAUUUUUUAAUCUGUUUUGAAUGGAUUAUAUAUUGUUUGAAUUUUUCUCCUGCACUUUGCCUGGUUUUAAAACUUGCUACACAAAUAAAAAGAUUCUGAUUCUCUA